UGGUUAUGGUUUGCUCACUGAUAUCGCGUUGAUAUUAGCGCCGUUGGUACACUUAGCAUUCCAGCGGUUUCCUACAUAACCCCAUCCCCUUCACCCUACCCAUCUUCCUCAUUUUUUCACGGUGAUUGCCUGCAACGCGACAAAAUCCCCCGUCGUGCCGUCAAGAACUCAAGAACUCAAGAACUCAAGACGGAGUCGUUCGACGACGUUUAAAGAAGGGGUUGCUGUGAAUAGUGCUUAAAGUUCGACGAACGUUAGCAUUAGCACGUUUCUCGCUCGCCGUGAGCCCGUGACUCGUCGUUAACUGUCGUUGUUAAGCGUAAUCAUGGCGGCGUCCUCGGCACGGGUGGACGAUCUCGUGCAGUCUGUCAGUCUGUACAAUCCGCGCAGAUUGAUAUUCAAUGGCUACGUCCUGCCAUUCUUGGUAGCGCAGUUUUCGUGGAUCUACUGUUGGAUCUUCGUAUACGGGCUCGACGAGUACUACGAGGCGGGCCUAGUGGGCAUCGCAGCGAUCGGUGUGCUGCAUAUCUUUCUGUGCCUGUGCUGUCAAUGGUCGGUGCACAUUCAAACGUUCCUGAAUUGCAGCUCGGAGAAGAAUCCUUAUAAAGCAAAGAUGGUGAAAGUGGUUCCUACUCCAAACAAUGGAAGCUCAGAAUUGAUCGUGUUGCACCAUACGGAUCAGCAGGAACCAUGGUUUAUCUUCCAAAAGACCAAGUAUUAUUGGGAUCCCGAGAAAAUGUCGUUCAGAGGACUGCAGUUCCCGAUUGAUCAUUCCGUGAAACGUUAUUGCGAGUGGAAAGGGUAUCUCGAUCAGAAAGAAGUUGAAGCAGCGGAAGAAAAAUAUGGGAAAAAUAAAUUGGAUAUGGUCGUGCCCGAGUUUUGGGAACUCUUCAAGGAGCGUGCAAUUGCCCCAUUUUUUGUCUUUCAAGUGUUUUGCGUGGCACUGUGGUGCUUAGAUAAGUAUUGGUACUACAGUAUUUUCACGUUGAUCAUGCUCAUCAUGUUCGAAUGCACAUUGGUGCAGCAACAGAUGAGAAAUAUGGCUGAGAUACGGAAAAUGGGCAAUAAACCAUACAUGAUAAUGGUGUAUAGAAAUAGGCGAUGGCGCAUGAUGUUCACGGAUCAGCUAGUUCCUGGCGACAUCGUUUCCAUCACAAGGCCGCAACAUGAUAAUUUGGUGCCAUGUGACAUGUUGCUUCUGCGAGGUCCGUGCGUAGUCGACGAGAGCAUGUUAACAGGUGAAUCGGUCCCUCAAAUGAAGGAACCGAUAGAAGAUAUCGAUGGAGAGAGAACCAUAGAUAUCGAAGGUGACGACAAACUUCACGUGCUUUUCGGUGGGACGAAAGUUGUUCAGCAUACGCCUCCUAGCAAAAAUACUCCUGGCCUUCGAGCGACCGAUAAUGGAUGCAUCGCUUACGUCCUGCGCACCGGCUUCUCCACGUCGCAGGGCAAGCUGUUGAGAACGAUAUUGUUUGGUGUCAAGCGCGUUACAGCUAACAAUCUAGAGACUUUCGGUUUCAUUCUGUUCCUGCUGAUUUUCGCAAUCGCCGCCGCGGCGUACGUUUGGAUCAAAGGUAGCGAAGAUCCUACGAGAAACAAGUACAAAUUAUUCUUGGAAUGUACUUUGAUCUUGACCUCUGUCGUGCCGCCAGAAUUACCGAUAGAAUUGUCGCUAGCUGUAAAUACAUCCCUGGUAGCACUGUCUAAGUUAGGUGUGUUCUGUACAGAGCCCUUUAGAAUCCCGUUCGCCGGCAAAGUCGAUAUUUGCUGCUUCGAUAAAACUGGUACCCUCACCAACGAUAAUCUGGUGGUUGAGGGUAUCGCGGGUAUCGACGGUAAAUCAGACGUGAUCCAAUUGUCGGAUGCACCUUUGGAGAGUAUUCAAGUACUCGCUACGUGCCACUCUCUCGUUCAGUUGGACGAUGGUAUCGUCGGGGAUCCGCUGGAGAAAGCCACUCUCAAAGCCGUUAGCUGGAAUCUCACGAGAAGUGACACUGUGAUACCUAAGAAGGGCAAGUCUCCGGCAUUGAAGAUUGUACAGAGAUACCAAUUUUCCUCGGCUUUAAAGAGAAUGUGCGUCGUGGCGGGAUAUAAUCUUGCCGGCGCUUCGGAAACUCACUACAUGGCCACGGUGAAGGGCGCGCCAGAAACUCUCAAGAGUAUGUUAUCUUCCGUACCGAAAAAUUACGACUCAACUUACUUAUCCCUCUCGCGACGAGGCGCACGAGUGCUCGCUUUGGGAUACCAGAAACUUUCUGGUACCUUAUCCUCGCAAGAUCUGAGAGAAUUGACUCGUGACAAGUUGGAGAACAAUCUCACGUUCGCAGGAUUCGUCAUCAUCAGCUGUCCUCUCAAGCCUGACUCGAAAGCCGUUAUCAAAGAGAUUGUCAAUUCCUCGCAUUCGGUUGUAAUGAUAACCGGUGAUAAUCCGUUAACGGCCUGUCACGUGAGUCGCGAACUACAUUUCACGAAGAAGCCUAACACGCUCAUACUGACCGAAAAUGAUGGCGAAUGGUUGUGGGAAAACGUAGACAAGAGCAUGCAGUUGCCACUGAGCGUGAAAAAUACUGAAUCGCGCAGAGAAAUUUGGAAGGACAAUGCGCUUUGUAUAACGGGUGAGGGUUUAACGUAUCUGAAAGAGAGAGAACGGGAUCUUCUUCGCAAAUUAUUGCCGCAUAUCGUAAUCUUUGCGCGAUGUGCGCCAAAGCAGAAAGAGUUUAUCAUCGUGUCACUGCAAUCUCUGGGCUAUACGACGUUGAUGUGCGGCGACGGAACGAAUGACGUCGGCGCUUUGAAACAUACCCAAGUGGGUGUCGCGAUUCUCUCUAGUCCGCCGGACAAGCGAGAGGACUCGAGAUACGACACUAUGGCCAUUCCUCUGAACAAUGGGACGAGGAACAAUCCAAGAGCCACGCCGGUAAAUACUCGCUCAAAACUGCAGAAGAUGCUCAAGGAAAUUGAUAACGAAGUGCAGGAGCAGCAGUCGGUGAUCGUAAAGCUUGGUGAUGCCUCCAUCGCGGCUCCCUUCACCAGCAAAAUGUCAUCCAUUCAAUGCAUAUGCCACGUGAUCAAGCAGGGACGCUGCACUCUGGUCACGACUCUGCAGAUGUUCAAGAUACUGGCGCUGAACGCACUGAUACUCGCCUACAGUCAGUCGGUGCUGUACCUCGAUGGAAUCAAAUUCAGCGACACGCAGGCGACCCUGCAGGGCAUUCUUCUUGCCGCAUGCUUUCUCUUCAUCUCGCGAUCGAAACCUUUGAAGACCCUAUCGCAGCAAAGACCGCUUCCGAACAUCUUUAAUCUGUACACUAUUGCAACUGUAUUGCUGCAAUUUGCCGUGCACUUUAUCUCUUUGGUCUAUUUGGUGAAGGAAGCCACCGUUUUAUCUCCAAAGGACGAUAAACUGGCGAGCAUUCUGAAUGAUGAUUCGAGCAAAGUUCAUUCUUUGAGCAGAGACGACAACGAUGAGGAAGAACCGUUUGAGAAAAAUUUAAUUAACAGCACCGUAUACAUAAUUGCGAUGUCUCUUCAAGUUUCUACUUUUGCUAUAAAUUAUCGAGGUCAGCCAUUCAUGGAAAGCCUGAUGCAAAACAAGGCGCUCCUGUUCAGUCUCGUCGGCAAUUCCGCCGUGAUUCUGUUACUGGCUUGCGGAUUCCUGCCGGAUCUGGCGACACAAUUCGAGAUCGUGGAUAUUCCGAAUGAAUUCCGUACGGUACUGGUUCAAGUACUAGUCGCAGACUUUAUCUUCGCGUACGUAGUCGACCGAGUCUGCCUAUGGCUGUUUGGCGAGGGAAAACAACACAAGCUGUGAUGUGAUAUUACUUUUUACCGAAUACAGACUGUAUCAAAGAUUUUUGUAUGUAACUUUUCUGCCACUGAUCUUGUUCCACGCGCGCUAAGGGCUGACGACUUUUAUACUUGCACCUGUCGCGGACGUCUAUACAGUUGUGCAUUUUCUGUUUUACGCUCGUACAGUUCUCUACUUGUACCUGUGGCGAGUGUGUGAGUGUGAGUGUGCGUGUAUACAGUAUGUGUAUGGUAACGCGAUGCGAAAAUAUAGAUACGCAUCUUCAUACGAUUCAUUCAGUUAUUAUUAGCCUAAUUCUUUCUCAUCUCGGCUCAUCACUGUCAACUUUUCCCCCGUGGAACAAGAAGCAGCGCUCUGGCGAUCAUUAUUUAUUGUCGACGAUGAUGGCAUACUUAGCGUCUUUACACAUCUUAUAUUUAUUGGUAAUACGGAGAACGUAUUUUUCAUUAUUCGAUCAUUGCAGUAUCUAUAUCGUGUCACUGAUGAAAUUUUCACUCACCAUUCUACAAAGAUGUCGAAAACGGAGGCGUUCAACAACGCCUUUCUCACAACGAACUCGCAACAAAUAUUGAUCGCGCGAGGUACGCUCAAGAAACGACGCGCAUACGUGUACAUAACUUGUAGAUAAACGAUCCUCCACUAUUUCUUCACGGUACAAUACUCUCUUGCACAUGGCGUGAGUUUCAUACAUGAUCGUAACAAGACUAUACACGCAAACUGAUUCUGAAUGAAACCUACUCCAUCGCUAAGUACGGUAUCCUACAUUUGUUACAUGAAUCGCGUGAAUGAAACUUUCUAAUCGUCCACUCGACACUCGAUUAUGUACGUAUGUAGUUUUAUAUGUCAACGAAAAGCAUUCCACUUCGAAGAUGUCACGGCACACGUAUUUAGCAAGAUAUUGCAGACAUUCACGCAGUACAUCUUGCGUCUGCUAAUUAAUAAUUAAAUAAUUAUGUGUAAUUACGUGUUUUCUGAGUUUCGUUAAUUAGUUACCGGUGUAACUAUUGAUUCUCAUCGUCGUCUUUUCGUCGCGUCGCGUCACGUCACGUCACGUCACGUCGUUGUGUCACGUGACUAGAUCUGAUCGAGAAAUAAGAAGGAGCAACGUUUCUUUGUUCACACUGUAAGCCGAAUUAAGAAUAGCUGUAUAUUAUUGUACAUUUAUAAUAAUUAAUAAAGAGCGUUCCAGAAUGA